UCGGACCAAAGAAACGCAGGCUCGGCCCGGAGUAUCGCGGCCAAUGAAUGUGGGAUAGCCCCUGUAAAGUGGCUCGGGCGUCCCCACGCCUUUCUUUUCUCCUCCCAGCCCAACCCCUCCCUAUCCCGGUUUUAGCACGGCGCUGGCCGCGGUCUUGACAGGAACGGGACGGGCCCAAGAUGGCGGCGGCGGACGGCGACGACUCGCUCUACCCCAUCGCGGUGCUCAUAGACGAGCUCCGCAACGAGGAUGUUCAGCUUCGCCUCAACAGCAUCAAGAAGCUGUCUACCAUUGCCUUGGCCCUCGGGGUCGAAAGGACCCGCAGUGAGCUUCUGCCCUUUCUUACAGACACCAUCUACGAUGAGGACGAGGUCCUCUUGGCCCUGGCGGAGCAGCUGGGCACCUUCACCACUCUGGUGGGAGGCCCCGAGUACGUGCACUGCCUGCUGCCGCCCCUGGAGUCGCUGGCCACGGUGGAGGAGACGGUGGUGCGGGACAAGGCGGUGGAAUCCCUGCGGGCCAUCUCCCACGAGCACUCCCCCUCCGACCUCGAGGCCCACUUCGUGCCCCUGGUGAAGCGGCUGGCGGGCGGCGACUGGUUCACCUCCCGCACCUCAGCCUGCGGCCUCUUCUCCGUCUGCUACCCCCGCGUGUCCAGUGCCGUCAAGGCAGAGCUUCGACAGUACUUCCGGAACUUGUGCUCAGAUGACACCCCCAUGGUGCGGCGGGCCGCAGCCUCCAAGCUGGGGGAGUUUGCCAAGGUGCUGGAGCUGGACAACGUCAAGAGCGAGAUCAUCCCCAUGUUCUCCAACCUAGCCUCUGACGAGCAGGACUCGGUGCGGCUGCUAGCGGUGGAGGCAUGUGUGAACAUCGCCCAGCUCCUGCCCCAGGAGGACCUAGAGGCCCUGGUGAUGCCCACCCUGCGCCAGGCUGCUGAGGACAAGUCCUGGCGUGUCCGUUACAUGGUGGCCGACAAGUUCACAGAGCUCCAGAAAGCAGUGGGACCUGAGAUCACCAAGACGGACCUGGUCCCUGCCUUCCAGAACCUGAUGAAAGACUGUGAGGCCGAGGUGAGGGCCGCUGCCUCCCACAAGGUCAAAGAAUUCUGUGAAAAUCUCUCCGCUGACUGUCGGGAGAAUGUGAUCAUGACCCAGAUCUUGCCCUGCAUCAAGGAGCUGGUGUCUGAUGCCAACCAGCACGUCAAGUCGGCGCUGGCCUCCGUCAUCAUGGGCCUCUCUCCAAUCCUGGGCAAAGACAAUACCAUCGAGCACCUGCUGCCGCUCUUCCUGGCCCAGCUGAAGGAUGAGUGCCCGGAGGUGCGACUGAACAUCAUCUCCAACCUGGACUGCGUGAACGAGGUGAUCGGCAUCCGGCAGCUGUCGCAGUCCCUGCUCCCUGCCAUCGUGGAGCUGGCGGAGGAUGCCAAGUGGCGGGUGCGGCUAGCCAUCAUUGAGUACAUGCCUCUGCUGGCGGGACAGCUGGGGGUGGAGUUCUUUGAUGAGAAACUCAACUCCUUGUGCAUGGCCUGGCUUGUGGAUCAUGUCUACGCCAUCCGCGAGGCAGCCACCAGCAACCUGAAGAAGCUGGUGGAGAAGUUCGGGAAGGAGUGGGCCCAUGCUACUAUCAUCCCCAAGGUGUUGGCCAUGUCUGGGGACCCCAACUACCUGCACCGCAUGACUACACUCUUCUGUAUCAAUGUGCUGUCCGAGGUCUGUGGGCAGGACAUCACCACCAAGCACAUGCUGCCCACCGUGCUGCGCAUGGCCGGGGACCCUGUCGCCAAUGUCCGCUUCAACGUGGCCAAGUCCCUGCAGAAGAUAGGGCCCAUCCUGGACAACAGCACGCUGCAGAGUGAGGUCAAGCCCAUCCUUGAGAAGCUGACCCAGGACCAGGAUGUGGACGUCAAGUACUUUGCCCAGGAGGCUCUGACUGUUCUGUCUCUCGCCUGAUGCUGGAAGAGGAUCCUCCGCCGGCCUCCGGUGUCCACCCUCCCUCGCCAGGCCCCUCCCUUGAGGGGACAGUGGGGGGCCCUUGGCUGUCACUCCCUGUGCAUGGUCUGACCCCAGGUCCCUCCCCCGGCACGGUUCCUCCCUCAGCCCGGGACUCCAACUCCUCAUGUCUGCCCCCCACGGGGCUGGGGGUGCACAAGGCAGGACAGAGCAGAGGCCCUGGGAGGAAGGGGCCGCUCCCGCCCACUGGGGAAGAGACGCGAGCGUCCCAGGUCGCCGGCUCCUGCUGCUGUUGUGGGGACCCCUCACCCAUCUCCACCUCCCUCCCUUCCUCUCGGUGGUUUUUUUGUGUCAGUUGUGCCGUUUUUAUUUUAUUCCCUUUCCCCCUUUUCACAGAGAAAUAAAGGUCUAGAAAUA